AAUCUCUGCCUCGCAGCAAUUAGAACCUGGAAAAAAACAGCGAAAUUGUAGACAAAAAAAGAAAAAAAAAAUCACGUGGGUCCGCUUUCGACCUAUAAAACUGCAAGCCUAUCUCUUUCCAUCUCGAAGAAAUCGCGGUUAGGGUUAGUGGCACUUGAGAGCGGCGCAGCGAGUUAGGGUUUUCUCCGUCGAUUAAAGGAACGAAAUGGGGCACUCAAAUAUCUGGAACUCGCAUCCCAAGAACUACGGUCCUGGAUCUCGCACCUGCCGGGUGUGUGGAAACCCACAUGGGAUAAUCAGGAAGUAUGGACUGAUGUGUUGUAGGCAGUGCUUCCGCAGCAAUGCCAAGGAAAUAGGCUUCAUCAAGUACCGCUGAUUGGGGACCUUUUUGAUAUCUAUUUUUGAAGGCUCUGUUUGAAAUAUGAUGCGAGGGAGUUUUUGUUUCCUUUUCUUUUGUCCCCCUCACUGAUGUAAUAUGCGCGAUUCAGACAUUCAAAUUAUAUAUUCUGUUCAGCAUUCGAUCCAAUAGAAGUGUCACCUUUUGGAAUGUUAA